AUGAUUAUAUGGGAUGAAGCUCCAAUGAGUGAUCGUCGUUGUUUUGAAUUUCUUGACAAAUCAUUAAGAGAUGUUCUUGAGGAUGACACAUGGUUUUUUGGUGGGAUGUCAAUGUUGUUAGGAGGUGAUUUUCGCCAAACACUACCUGUUCAACCUAAAAGUAGGAAAGCACAGAUAAUCAAUCUAACCUUACCGAAUUCUUAUCUUUGGUCACAUUUUACUGUCUAUAGAUUACAUCGUAAUAUGCGACUGUCUGAAACAGCGACUUCGGUUGUCUCUUCAAGUCACACAUCUGAUUUUGCUUCGUGGUUGCUUGACAUUGGCAAUGGAAAGAUAGGAACUCCAGAUAAAGAUGAUCCAGAAAAUACAAAGAUUAUACAUAUACCGCAACCUUUCCUUAUCAGAUCAGAAAACAUGGGAUUAGAAUCGCUUAUAGAUUUCGUCUAUGGUUAUGACAUGCUAGCCAAUCCAACUCCUGAAGAUUUAUCUGUCAGGGCUAUUAUAUGUCCCAAAAAUGAGACAGCAGACCGAGUGAAUACUUUAAUAUUAUCAAAAACCAAAGGUGAACAAAUUAUAUACAACAGUUGUGACUCUAUCAAAUCACCAGGUCGAGAUACAUUAGAACUAGAUGCACUGUAUCCACAAGAAUAUCUAAACAAUUUAGAUUUCUCUGGUGUUCCUCCACAUAAACUGUUGUUAAAAGUUAACACACCAGUUAUGCUUUUAAGAAAUAUUAACCAAAGGGAAUGA